CCAUCUAUCAGAACAAUAAUAACAUUAAAGCUGCACUCUCACAGACCGAACGUUUUGGUUUUUUGUUUUGGAAUGAGCCAAAUUUUGCGUAAAUGCCUGUAAACUAGGCAAUAAGACUGCUGACAAAAGAUCAGAUCACAUUUUUCAUAUUGACGCUCGAAAAUUGAUGUCUUAUUGCUAAAAGUGAAACUUAAGUUUUAAGAAAAAUGAGUAAAAACGCCAGUUUUUCAAAUAAUUGAGAUCUGGAUUUGGUGCAAAAAAUAACUAAAUCUGAGACAAAAAUUAAAUAUAAGUCAAAACUGUCAAUCUGUGAGGGUGCAGCUUUAAAACCAGAUCAAGGAAAAUAAUUACAUAGAAUCAUUCAUAAAGAGUUUAAUAAAGAAUAAUGUGCUACGAAGGAUAUAUUUUGAACGAAUUACAAAGUUCGUAAACUGUUAGCAGGUUGCUAUGUUGUGUUAAAGUACUCAAAUACAUAUGACAGAUUGUGGAAAUUUAAUAUAAGUAGCGUACACCAAAUUAAGCCAGAAAGAGACAUUAGCUAUUUAUCAAUGACAAGAGCGACAGUGUGAAAUUGUGUCACGAAAUGAAGGCAAUAUAUGGAGAAAUUUGUUUUUUAAAAGUGUGUAAAAUGUUUUAAUGUGAUAAUGCUAUACAGGAAAUGCAUUUAACUAGAAUCAGGAUGUACAUUGCUGUGAAUAAUGCUGCGAAGCUGAUAACUGGAACCUAACACACGGGCAUUAUGAACGGAUCUAUAAAGAGUUUGAUAUUAGGUAUGAUUUUGCUGUGCACGUCGACACUUGGCACCAAGGUUCUCACGGACAAUCUAUAUAAUGAACUAUUCACCAACGCCAACUACAAGCCACAAUUACUGCCUGUGUGUGAGGUGGGAAUCUCUGUCAACAUUUCCUUGGAUAUUGCUCUUAGACAAAUUGUCAGCUUGGAAGAAAAAGAUCAAGUUCUAACAACAAAUAUUUGGGUCCGAAUGGGAUGGCAUGAUUGUCGACUACGUUGGAACUCCUCCCAGCAUUACCAUAUCACAGAACUGAGAGUUCCUUAUGGAGAAGUGUGGAUACCCGAUAUAGCUCUUUAUGACAGUUCGGCGGAAGAAGUUAUGAUGCCCGGUAUGACAGAUUAUCGUGUACAGUUGGAACACACCGGGGAGGUGCGCUACAACUUCCCCACCGUCCUCAAGAGCAUUUGCAGGGUCGAGGUCACAUAUUUUCCAUUCGACGUCCAGGACUGUCAACUGAAACUAGGGUCAUGGUCGCAUAGCAACGCCGACCUUGACUUUUACCCGCAGAAAGACACGGGUAGGCUUGGCGACCUCAGCGAGUUCGUGGAAAACAACGAGUGGGUAGUCGAGAAACUGAAGUCCGCACGUAACGUGAAAACGUACGGCAACGAAACGUACACGGACAUAACGUACCAUAUCGAGAUGCGGAGACGUUCAGCUUUCUACGUAAUGACCAUGAUGUUCCCCUGCAUACUUGUUAGUUUUAUAGCAGCAGUAGGCUUUCUAUUACCCCCAGAAAGUGGAGAGAAGGUUUCCUUGGAGGUUACCGUACUCUUGUCACAGGCAGUUUUCUUGUUAGUCGUCUCUGACUUCCUCCCACCAUCCGCACAAAACUUCCCCAUUUUGGGAACCUACUUCGCUGUUUCAAUGAUGCUGGUAGGACUAUCCCUAGUUUUAGCAGUGCUCGUUCUAAACGUCCACCAUAGAGGGGACAUCCCAGGGAAAAUCGUCCCCAAGUGGUCACGAACCUUCUUUUUGGAAAAAUUGUCGAUGUUGUGCACCAGAAAGAAAUACCGAACGAGCGGGAACAUGAACAAUGUUAAAAGGCAAUGCCCUACAGAACAUGGAGUAGCUUACGAGAUGAAUUCUUUCAACCACAACACCAGACUGACGUCGCUCUCAGAAAACGAAAACAGCGAGACAAAUCCGCAAAAUUUAACCAAUAACAACGACAUCUUAAAAGAACAGCUUAAAGAAUUACAGGCAAUACGAUCGCACUUUUUGGUAGAUGAUACCACCGAAGUUGAACAGGAAGAUUGGCAACGCCUGGCCAGGGUUUUGGACAGGAUAUUUCUGUGUCUCUACGUUCUGUGUUUCACUAUAGUGACGCUUGUGUUUGUGCUGCAGUUGACUGGAGGGCAGGACGUCACAUAAAUGAAAAUGGAUUAUAAGAAAAGGGAUGCUGUUUUACAAUAGUUUGAACCAGUAUUAAUGGUGUGGUCUUUCAAGAAAGCUAGGGAAAGUCUUUUAGAAUUUGCCAAUACCUGGAACGUUUUUGGACCAACCGUCUCCGUAAACUGCAUUGAGUUUAAAUGGCUUUUUAAAGGGGGUAGACACCAGAUGGUCCCAAAAUCGACAAAUGCAUUAUUUUCACAAGACAAGCCUAGAAUUGGCAAUACGAGUUAUUAUUAGGCCGUUUAAAUAUAAUUUGACAUAUUAAAAUAAUAUUUUAUCGCUGUCUUAACUGAGUUUACCCGUUUAAAAUUAGCGCAUAAUGGUUUCCCAGUUUAUAGUGUGUAUAUUUAGUACAUAUACAUAUACCGACGCUUUUUUUAAAUUAACUGGGAUUUACGUGGUAGGCAAAUUUCGAAUUGGAAAAAAAUAUACAUUCGUCGUAAGCGAUGCAAUACAUCAGUAAGAGUUAAUGCGUUGUACACAACAAUAUCAAUUCACGGUAUGUAAGUUUUUGACUUUUUCUUGUAUCUUCUGGUGUCUAGUCCCUUUAAGGGGUUCGGUAAUCAAUAGGUGUCUCCAGAAGGCUUGUCAGCAUGUAAUGUUUUGACAGUAGGUAAUAGAGAUGGCAACAAUGUCUCAAGAGAAGACCAUGGCUCUAAGCGCUGUAUAUUUAAAGCAUGGGACAUUUGUCAAGUUUGACCCAUGAAAACCGUCUUAGGAUUUAUGUAAACAGUUUGUUAAUGCAAACAUUUACUUGUUUCUAAUAUAAAGACUGCAACUAUCGUUAACUCUAUACGAGGCUAAACAAAUUGCGUGAUAAUUGUUUCGUUUGCUUACAAUGUGGUCUCAUUAAUUUUGAAGUUUGUAUUCAUACGAAUGUUUAACUUGUCAUUGAUGUAUUGUCAUAGUUGUGUGCUAAAAUUCUUCCGUGGUUUACUUUUGAAAUUUAAAAUUAAAGAUUACAUGACUAAA